AUGCUCAGCAUCAUGUCUGAAGGCUGGGCCGCCGGGAUGCUAACGUCGUUAGCGAGCCUCCUCUUCCUCUGGUCGAUGCUGCAGCAGUGCGUCCCCAGCAUGCUCAAGGAAUACCUGGACACCCUCACCACCCGGAUCGUCGACGCCAUAUCCCCCUACGACACCAUCACCAUCGACGAGAAAGAUCCCGACUUCUUCGGCCGCAGCGAGGCCUACCUCACCACCGAGGCAUACCUGAGCGCCACCUGCGCCUCCCGCGCCCGCAGCCUCCGCGCCACGCUCGACAUCGACGACGAUCGCAUGAGCCUAUCCAUGGACGACUACGAGGCGGUGGUCGACGAGUUCCAUGGCGCCAACAUGUGCUGGAACAAGAGCAAGGUUGUGCCCCACGCCACCACCAUCAUCACCGAGCGCCCCGGCCGCACGGACGAGCGCCGCAUGUACCGCCUCACCUUCCACCGCCGCCACCGGGGGCUCGUCGAGGACAGGUACCUGCCGCACGUCCUCGCCGAGGGCCGCGAAGCCAUGGCCAGGAACCGCCAACGCAGCCUCUACACCAACAAGCCCAAGGACGACUGGUCAGGCGACUACGAUGGAUGGAGCAGCGUCAAGUUCGAGCAUCCCUCCACCUUUGCCACGCUCGCCAUGGACCCCGGAAGGAAGCAGGAGAUCCUUGACGACCUCGAGAUGUUCCAUGACGGCAAGGACUUCUAUGCAUCCGUCGGCAAGGCGUGGAAGCGAGGUUACCUCCUGUUUGGUCCUCCUGGCACCGGCAAGUCCACCAUGAUCGCCGCCAUUGCCAACUUCCUCCACUACGAUGUCUAUGACCUCGAGCUCACCGCGGUCAAGAGCAACAGCGAGCUGCGCAGGCUUUUCAUCGACACCAAAGACAAGUCCAUCAUCGUCAUCGAGGACAUCGACUGCUCCAUCGAUCUCACCGGCAAGCGAAAGAAGAAGGGCAAGACCAAGAAAAAGAAGAAAGAUGACGACAACGAGAGCAAGGUGACGCUCUCUGGGGUGCUCAACUUCAUAGAUGGGCUAUGGUCCGGGUGCGGCGGCGAGCGGGUCAUUGUGUUCACCACCAACCACAAGGAGAACCUGGACCCGGCGCUGAUCCGACGGGGUAGGAUGGACAUGCAUAUCGAGAUGUCCUACUGCUGCUUCGAGUCCUUCAAGGUGCUUGCCAAGAACUACCUAGGCGUCACCGAGCACAAUUUGUUUACAGAAAUUCAGCAGCUUUUAGGCGAAGUCAACAUGUCGCCGGCCGACGUGGCGGAAAACUUGAUGCCCAGGUCGAAGAAAAAGGAUGUGGACGCCUACCUAGGUAGACUGGUUACGGCGCUCAAAGAGAAAGCUGUAGCCGGGGACAAAGGGGAAGAAGACGAGGAGGACAGCAGCGACGAAGACGAGGAGGAAGAGGGGGGUAUGAAGAACGAUAAUAGCAACAAAGACGAGGCUGAAGACGGAAGCAAGAAGGACAGCAAUAGCAAUAGCGCCGACAAGAAAUAA